AGCAAACGCGGGCUCGUGCCAUUUGAAACGUGCUGGUCUUAUUGACGCUCGUUUGAAUGCCGAGGUGUUGUCACAUUUUGGGAAAUUAAUCCAAAAUUAUGGCAUCGCAACUUCAGGUAGACGAUCCAAACUCAACGGCGAUUUAUGGUGAAGAUAUGGAACAAGCAAAAUCUUUUCAAAAUAUGGAAAAUCUGCUUGCAUCGGCUGUUUCUAUAUGUCGAUUGGACGGCUCCGUACAGUGUCAAAUUGUCAGUUUAAUCACUGUCAUACAAGAACUCCAAAGACUUCUACGUCAGAGUUUCAAAGAAAUCAAGAUGCUUGAACAAGACAUUAAAGACCAAAAGCACACAUUUAGAAACUGCAUAACAAACCUCCAUUACCAAGUGAAAGAAAUGCAAACAAAUAUUGAUGAUGUAAAAAAGAAGUGUGAAGAUGUUCAAACUUCAGAAGGAAGAAAUGGCACCAAAAUAGUUGAUAGUGAUGCUGACACACAAAGCUCUACUCUUGAAGUUGGAAAAAAAACCUCCAAAGAUCAUGUUGUGAUGGACGAAGAUAGCGCUCAAGCUACAACUGAUGAUAGUGGGCUCAUGGAAGUUGUUCCAGUAUCUAAGAGUAUGGAGCCUGAACGAAACAUCGUGGAUGAGGAUGUGGAGAACGAUUGUAAUGAAGAUGUGAACACCCACGAGGACGAGUGGUGGGGUUUUCGUGUUCGCACCGAGGACGACAACACAAACAACGAAGUUCCCAACUCUACCAACGAAGUUGACAACGCUAACAACGAAGUUCCCAACUCUACCAACGAAGUUGACAACGCUAACAACGAAGUUCCCAACUCUACCAACGAAGUUGACAACGCUAACAACGAAGUUCCCAACUCUACCAACGAAGUUGACAACGCUAACGACGAAGUUCCCAACUGUACCAACGAAGUUGACAACACCAACAACGCCGAUGACAACACUAACUGCGAAGAACCCGACAACGUUGACGACGAAACUAAAAGUCAAAAGAAAAAAACGAACAACGCAGAUAAAAAGAUUGACAACGCUCGACAAAAACGUGAGAGCGCUUUCAGAAAACGUAAAAAAACUGGUGGACAACACGAGACGACACAAGAAACAACGGGGAAAAAUGGGGUGAGAGCAAAGGUUCAAGCUGCUAAGGAAAUGAUGUCAAGUACAAGCAAACAGCCAAUGAAAGCAAAGGAAAGAGAAAGCGACCACAAAGAACAUAACUCGAUGAAGUCUAAAGUACACAGUGUAGAUAAUUCAAGCCAGGUAAAAGAUCGUUCGGAAAGCAGCAUGAAUUCGAAGGAAAAGAGCGUUGCUCAUGAAGGAAUAGUAGCCAAUGGUGAAGAGAGCAGUUCUUUGAACAAAACAUGGCUGUUGAGAGAUAGGUCGGCAAUGAAAGCUGAUAGUGUCGAGCUUGUUACGGCGCGCAAAAAUAAAGAAAAACGAAAGAGUGUGGAGUUUUCAUCGAAAGAACGAAACACGGUUCUCAAAAGUAGGCAGAUAAAUGUAAGGAAAGAGGCCAGCGACAUUGCCAAGAAAACAAAGAUGACUCUUAAAAAGAAGAAAAGCAACACUAGUAUUCUUGUCAAGAAAGCCAAAGCAACUCUUUCCGCUAACCGAAGGCAAACCGGCAGGCCGACCAGUUUGAUCAAUAAAAACAGAAAAAGCACUUCAAAAGUUUACAUUAAAAGGAAAUCUGAAGACCGCAAGCACGAAGACCUCUCAGUCAAACCUUCCUUGUCAUUCAAACCAGUUAACCAACGUAUCAAUGAAUCUCAAGCGCUGAUGGAGAACCCAAUGGACCAAUAUAUCAAUUUGGAUUUUCUUUUAAACGCGAACCAACUGAUGACCGAAUUAGUAGUAGAUGUUUCACGUGAAGAGGGGACAAUGGACACAGAGUCUAAAGUGGAAAGACGAUUUGUGGCCGAGUUAGCUAAAUUGUAUCGUCUACGCGUGCGAAUGAUGUCAAAAAAAGGUGCAUUGCCCGUUGCUUUCAUAAAAGGUCGCGAGUCAUCACUACCCAUGCCUGGAGAAGUUGACAGACUGCUCCAUAGGAUCUCGCAAAAGGCCGUCUCUUCACAGUUGAGAAAGUCCGCAAAGAAACGCAAAUUGCGUAGAAGAGAACAAAUCACCGUCGCGUCGAAAAAAAGAAAGAUUUAACUCAAAGAACGUGUUUAAGUUAGUAUCCUUAUGUAGUUAAAAGAACGGUAUCAAUAUAUUUAGAUUAAAGUAGCUUUACAUUUUGUUCAUAAUUCUCAUCACAACGUAUUUGUUGGGGUUUUAUUUUGGAAGAAGACAUUUUGGACAUAUAUUUUAUCAUCUUUGUAGCUAUAUUAGCUAAGUUGGAAGAAAAAAGCUUAACAAUAAAGAAUUAAAAUUGAGAAUUGAA